AUGUCGAUAAUGCUUGAGGUUUGUGUAGAUAGUUUGCAGUCUGCAAUCAAUGCAAUCCAUGGUGGUGCUGAUGAGUUGGAAGUAUGUAGUUCAUUAUCAGAAGGCGGUUUAACUCCUGCUCCUGGGCUUGUUAUAGAAAUACAAAAAAUGAAUAGCAAUAUUGCUUGCAAAAAGGUAAUACAUAAAACUUGUUCCCAGUGCAGCUGCCCAAGUUUAUUGAAGAAACCUAAAGUGAAUGUGAUGAUAAGAUGCCGGACGGGUUCAGAUUUUUGCUACACGGAAGAAGAAAUGGAUACUAUGCUAUCAGAUAUAGAAUUUUACAAAACUUUGCAUGUUGAUAAAUUUGUUUUUGGUGCAUUAACAGCAGAUCAAGAGAUUGAUGAGCAAAACUGUGUUAAAAUUUUACAAGCGGCACAUCCCAUACCAGUUACAUUCCACAGAGCAUUUGAUAUAUGCAGUGAUCCUCAUAGUGCUCUUGCAAAAAUCGUUCACCUUGGUUUUAUAAGAUUAUUAUCGAGUGGUCAAAAAUCUUCGGCAGGUGAUAUGAAUGCUAUUAAAUUAUUACGUAAUUUAAUUACUAUUUAUGGGGAUAAAAUUGAAAUUAUGCCAGGUGCAGGUGUAAAUGCUGAUAAUGCUAAGGAAUUUGUAAAUAUAGGCUGUAAAAUUAUUCACAGCUCAUGUAAGCGCAUUGAGCAGUUACCAUCGGUCAAAAAUCAUUUAACUAUGGGCACCACUUCUAGUGAGUACAUAUAUAUUACCGAUGUAAAUAUUGUACGAAGACUUAAAGAGGUUUUGUCAUAUUUAUGA